ACGAGAGUGAUGGUCUUUCGCGCAAUUUGGCCAAUCAUUGCAGCCUUUCCACACUUUGAACACGUCCAGAAACAUGCUGCGUCGACGCGGUGGCGGCGCGCAGUUCAAGCCGUUCGUGCUGCCCGUGAAGGGCAAGGCAGCGCCCGUUCAGACUCAAGACGAUGAUGGGGAUGCAUAUGAAGAUGCUGAGGCCGCCAGCAAUCGUCAGGCGCUGCGUAGUGGCGCGUCGCUGUCUGUCAAGCGGCUCCCAUUCCUGUCUUUCCUGGUGAUGGAGCCCGAACGCCGUGCACAGCGCGUACGACGUCCAUUCAAGUCACCGUGUGGAGAAAGUGGCCGCACACAGGAGAGCAACCGCCUGCUUCAGACUAAGACGCUCGGAAUGCGACGACGCUGGGGCUCUUUAGUGUUGAAGCCCAUGGUACGCCAUGACAUGCCGCCUGUUGAAGUGGACGUCGAGGAGAUCGAAACGCCCGUUGAGCCAGAGCCUGUAACAGUAGAAGAGCCUGCUCCUGUUGCAGCUCCAGUAGCCGAUGCGCCACCUCCACUUGUACUAUGGCAGAGUGAGACGGACCCCGAGAUUAAAGUUGUGGUGCCCGAGAUCGUGGGCAAGUUCCUGCGUCCUCAUCAACGGGAAGGCGUACAGUUCAUGUUCGACUGUGUAUGUCAAGUGAAGGGCUUCGACGGUCAAGGAUGCAUCCUGGCUGAUGAUAUGGGUCUCGGUAAGACUCUACAGAGUAUUACGUUGAUGUAUACGCUGCUGAUGACCGGCAUGGACAUGAAGCCGACGGUAAACCGAGCUAUUGUGGUGUGUCCGACGUCGCUAGUGAAGAAUUGGGACGACGAAAUUAUCAAAUGGCUACAUGGACGUGUGAAAACAGUGGCGCUGUAUGAAGCCAAGCGGGAAACAGUGAUCAAAGGCAUUAACCAGUUUAUUGAGGGAAGCAAGAGGCCACGACCCGGAUUCUCUGCCCAAGUGCUGAUCAUUUCGUACGAGACGUUCCGUAUGCACGUCCAGAAGUUCGCAGACACACCAGCUUGCUGUGAACUGCUAAUUUGUGACGAAGCCCAUCGACUCAAGAACGCCAACUCACAGAUUAACAAGGCACUAUCGUCCUUGGCAUGUCGGAAACGUGUGCUUCUGUCUGGUACACCGAUGCAGAAUGACCUGGAAGAGUUUUUCGCGAUGGUGGACUUUACGAACCCAAAUAUUCUUGGCACGCCAAGUGAGUUUAGGAAGAAUUACCUGGGACCUAUCUUAAUUGGACGUGAGCCGGACUCAACGGACCGAGAGCGAGAAGUGGCGCAGUCGUGCUCGGCUAUGCUGUGUGAAGUCGUGAAUCAGUUCAUUCUGCGUCGAGGCAACAUUCUAAACGCCAAACACCUUCCACCAAAACUAAUGCAGGUGAUUUGUUGCCCGCUAUCUCCACUUCAAGAGCAACUCUAUAAUCAUUUCCUGUCGUCCAGUGCUUGUCGUGAUAUGAUGAAGCGUUCGAGCGCGAACGUUCUGUCUUCUAUCACUGCGUUAAAGAAGUUGUGCAACCACCCGCUGCUUAUAUUUGAUGAGAUGGGGAAAACCAAUACCAAGCUUCCUGGGUUUAGCAACUGUGCUCAGUAUUUUGCAUCGGCGAAGGAAUCCAGACGAAGCGGAGGUGAUGAUAACCAGCAUCGGCGAGGAUUUGGUGGACGUACAUGUUACCCUGAGUGGUCCGGAAAGAUGCUUCUACUCGACCGAUUGAUGUUUUCGAUGAGAAAAACAACAACAGACCGGAUCGUGAUCGUGUCGAACUACACUCAGACGUUGGAUGUGGUCUCUACACUCUGUCAGGAGAGACAUCUGCCAUUUGUUCGUCUGGAUGGAACGACUUCUGCCAAGAAGCGAAAAAAGCUUGUCGACACUUUCAAUGACCCGACAACGAACUCGUUUGCGUUCUUACUGUCAAGUAAAGCUGGAGGCUGUGGUUUGAACUUAAUUGGCGCGAAUCGAUUGGUGCUCUUUGAUCCUGAUUGGAAUCCCGCGACAGACAAACAAGCUGCUGCUCGGGUGUGGCGUGAGGGGCAGAAAAAGAUGUGCUACGUGUACCGCUUCCUAGCGACGGGGACUCUGGAAGAAAAGAUCUUCCAACGUCAGCUCUCCAAAGAGGGGCUUCAGAAUAUCGUCGAUGAUAAAGAGGAGGUGAACUCGCUGUCUUCUAAGGACCUCAAGAGACUGUUUGUGUUCCGGAAAGACACCAUGUCCGACACCCACGAUCAGCUGAAAUGUGAUCGUUGUCAAUGGAGAGAUACUGGUAACGAAGCUCCAUCCGUAAUAACGAUCGAUGGUAAUGAUGACAAUGGGAAGGAAAUAGGAAACGAAACUUCGCCUGAUCGAGGUACUACCAGUGACGAGGACGUUGACAAGGACACAGACAAAGGAUAUCAUCCGCAAAUUGGCAUGCCACCAGAAGAAGAUUUGAACAGUUGGGGGCAUCACCGCUCCUAUGCAUCAGUCGACGACGAAGUGAUGCAGGCAGCGUUACAACAAGUGCAGAAUGACCUUGUGAGCUUUGCUUUCAGUUGCCGCAUUGACUGGGAGUUGCUUCAAGAACAUCAAGCUGAAAACGAAGAAAAAGACAACCAGCGUGAUGAAGAGCGGAAGCGGAAGCGUAUGGAGAUUAUCGAGGCUGCGAAACACCGUGCUGAACAAGAAAGCAAGACCAAACGCCCAAAAAACAAGAAACGCAAAAGUAUCGACGAUUCCGACGAAUCUGAGGCUGGAUCAAGCACCGAUGAAGACGAACCUGACGAAGUUUUGGGCGAAAGUGAAUCAGAAAGCGAACAAGAAGACGAUUUUCUGUCGCGACCUCGCACUUCCGAGGCCUCUGAAGUUGACAUUUCAUGUACUCCAAAGCCACCACUCCGACGUCCUGUGCUAUCGACGAGCUCACUAGAGGAAUCGUCUCAUCCGGCUCCAGUCCAGUCUGAACCAGCCGCCGCACCUGCCAAGAUAAAACGGAGUGUGUCAUUUGCUCCGGAGGUUGACGAAGGCUCAUGGUCACCGUCGAAGAAGCGAAAAACAAGCGACUUCUCCGACUCCGAAGACGAGGAUGCCUUCGUCGAGAAUGUCCUUAGCGAUCACCGCCGCUCAGCCCGUGAAAAAGUCGUAGAUGCGGGCGAACAGCACAGCACAAAUAAGCCUGCGGCUGCUUGGAGCUGUUCACGUUGCACUUUGAUCAAUCUGCAAACCAACGCCAGCUGCUCAAGCUGCGGCCAUCGCUACCGACGAGCUCGACCUCAAAUUAUCGAUCUGGGCGACGAUGACGAUGAAGACUGGUAGAAAUAACGUCAUAGAAUUUAUUGUCAUCGUCUUUUAUUCUGCAUUGAUGGCAGUCUAACACUGUAGUUUACUCAAUAGAAGCUCCCUUCUUCGACCGAGGAAAAGCUUUAGCGACUGUUGUA